CCCUGUCAAAUCACACAACGAGGGUGACGCGUAGGCGGAGGACUUUACGUAAAAACGCCUCCGAGGACUUUUUUUUUAACGCGUAAAAGUCACGGUGUUUGCGGUAAAUCGGUGUGGAAACACUGAUACGUGUGGAUUAUAAUACAACUGUUGUGGUACUUAGCCAACGUCUCGCUGGCGUUUGCAGCAACUAAAGUAUUGUUGUUAGUAUUGUUUGGCUCAGUGGCGCACGAGACGCACACCAACCGAGGACUGACGUCAGGGGGAUUUUACGGUCUCUUCUUUCAUACUUUGUUUUAUCGGUUAUUGUUUUUCUGAGGGAUGUAAGUUUACCGAUGUGGAGCUGGUAACGUGUCCACGAAUAACCGGGAUAAAGCCACUUUUGUUUAGUUUCUUCUUCAGCCCUUCACUUUGCCUGCGUUCACCAUGCUGGCGAACACGGCGCUUUACGCAGCGAAGAAACGGAAGAAGCCGGUCCAGAAAAUACCCAAACCGCCGCCUCCCGAUGGCAUCAAGUCCAACCCGUCCAAACGGCACCGCGACCGGCUCAACGGCGAGCUGGACAAGCUCACCAGCCUGCUGCCCUUCACCGAGGACGUCCGGGCUCGGCUGGACAAGCUGUCGGUGCUCCGCCUCAGCGUCGGCUACCUGAAGGUGAAGAGCUUCUUCAGCGCCACCAUGAAGAAAGGCCAGAACAGCUCCAGCUGGACCAGCGAGCGGAGCCUCAUGUUCGGGGGCAACGUCCCGAGCGCGCCGACUCCGUCCACCUCCUCUUCCUCAGGAGCUUUCUCCUCCCAGGUGGCCUCCAUCGACGGCGUGGGCUUCAGUGAGGGCGACCUGCUGCUUCAGGCGCUGAACGGCUUCGUGUUGGUGGUAACGGCUGAAGGCUACGUCUUCUAUUCGUCUCCCACCAUCCAGGACUUCCUGGGCUUCCACCAGUCGGAUGUCGUCCACCAGAGCGUGUUUGAGUUGAUCCACACCGACGACCGAGCUCUCUUCAGACGGCAGCUUCACUUCGCUCUCAACCCGAAUACCAGCCAGCAAGACGGCAGCGCGGAGAGUCUCAGCGAGCAGAGCUCGGCGGAGGUCAGCACCAACGUGAUGACCUACGACCCCCAGGCCAUCCCUCCCGAGAACUCGUCCUUCCUGGAGAGAAACUUCUGCUGCCGUUUCCGCUGCCUGCUCGACAACUCCUCCGGCUUCCUGGCCCUGAACUUCCGCGGCCGCCUGAAGUUCAUCAACGGCCAGAACCGGGUGUCGGAGGAGGGGUCGCUGGUUCCGCCGCAGCUCGCUCUGUUCUCCAUCGCCACGCAGAUGCAGUCGCCGACCAUCCUGGAGAUCCGCACCAAGACGCUCAUCUUCCAGACCAAACACAAGCUGGACUUCACUCCCAUGGGCAUCGACAACAGAGGGAAGGUGGUUCUGGGUUACAGUGAAGUGGAGCUCUGCAUGAAAGGUUCCGGCUACAACUUCAUCCACGCUGCAGACAUGAUGUACUGCGCCGACAACCACUUGAAGAUGAUGAAAACCGGAGAAAGCGGCUUCACCGUCUUCAGACUUCUGGCCAAGACUGGCGUGUGGAUCUGGGUCCAGGCCAACGCCAGGCUGGUCUUUAAAGCCGGGAAACCGGACUUCAUCGUGGUCCGGCAGAGAGCUUUGAUAAAUGAAGAAGGGGAAGAUCAGCUCCGCCUCCGUCGCCUCCAGUUGCCAUUCAACUUUACCACUGGAGAGGCGCUGCUUUACGAUGUCGCUCCAACCGUCGAUGUCCCCGACCCUUGCUCCGGCCCCAAGCAAAGGAAGUUGGACGAUUACACCGUCAGCCGCGAAUCCAUCCUGGGCUGCAUGCUGAGUCAGGACCAGUCUCUCUACUGUGAACACAACAAGAACAACGCCUUCAACACCCUCAACGAUGCCGCCUUCAAAGACACCCACGCCACGGUCAGCGUUCCCAGAGAUAUGUGGGAGCUGGCGACACCCAAACCCCCCGUAGGGAGCCUGGUGAAGUCCGAGGCCACGGUUCAGGACAUGAUGGAGACCCUGCAGCAGAUCCUCAGGGAGAACGACCUCAGCGACACCCUGGACGUCGGGCCCGAGGAGCUGAAGAGCUGGGAGAGCACCCUGCUGAAGAUGAGCAGCAGCAGCUGCGAGAUGAACGAAAACCUGGACGACAUUCUCAGCAACGACAUCCUGAUGUACGUGGAGGAGCAGCUGCAGAGGGAGGGCGGGCUCAAGCUGCCGGAUCAGCUGGACGUCAUGCCGGACUACCUUUCCACUUUCCAGAACCGGAAUCCAGAGCAGGAGCAGAACUUCGGCUGGCCCCUGGAGCCCCAGAACCAGCUGAUACCAAAUGGAGGGCAGAUGGUAGCGGGACAAGCGCCCCCAAUCUUGGCCCACAUGAAACUGACCCACAUGGAUGUUCCUCAGCUGGGUUUAAACGGUCCAACCCUUCAGCAGACCACUUCUGUUGGUCUCCAACUGGGUCCAACCCUUCAGCAGACCACUUCUGUUGGUCUCCAGCUGGGUCCAACCCUUCAGCAGACCACUUCUGUUGGUCUCCAACUGGGACCUCCUGGUGCUCCAGUUACCUUCAGCCCCUCCAUGGCGGCUCAAACACAGAAUCAGGUCAGAACCCUGCAAGGUGCAGCCAAAGACAACAACCGCGGAUCAUUCUCGCUCAGGCAACCUUCAGCCAAUCAGAUUCAACCCAACCAAACGGCUCAACCAAUGCAGAGCCACCUUCAGAUGAGGACGCCGAACAUACCGACCGGCCUCCAGGACCAAAGCGCUACAAGACAGUUAAAUCCUGGGUUCAACGUUCAGGGAAACCAGUGGAACUCCUCCUCCAACGCAAGCCGAGCAGACAACUUUGUAGAAACGUAUGCUCAAAAUAUUUCAACUUUCCCCACAAGUUUGUCCUCGUCGAGCUGCGUGCAGGGCCGCUUUGCACUUAAGACACAAAACAACGUCAACCAGAGGCUGCCUUGGUCGCUGGACCAGCAGCUGAUCUCAGGUGGACCCCAACAGAUGGGCGCCCGCCUCAACCAAACGUCAGGAUUUCAGAGGAAUCCUCUGCAUGCCGUUAACAGCGGUCCGAUGUUCAGGACUCCGGAGACUUCAAACGUGCCGUUUCCCGUUCAGAAAAUCACGGAGCCGCCGCCUCCUUCCGCUCCUCCCAGCAGCUGUAUGUUCACAAACGGCCCCACGUCCGUGCCUGUGAAUGGAGUCCACAUCAGCCAGAGACUGAACCCCGUCGGACACCAGAUUCCCUCCAACCCCUCCUGCUUCUAUCAGGGUCUCCCCAGAGGGGCGUCCGUGCCGGGCAUGACGACCGUCCCGGAUCCGGAUGAGGCGCAGCUGUCCUUCCAAGUGACGGCCGGACUCGACCCGGACGGCCUGCUGCUGCAGCAACAGCAGCAGUACCUGAACUUCAGUGAGCAGACGCAGAUCAACAACCGUCCAGUCGUCGGGAACGGAGUCUUCCCGUUCUCCUCGCUGCCCAACCGGAACGCCUACUACUCAGAGAACCAAUAGGAACCGGCCGCCGGGACUUCUGGACGGCAGAGGAUCCCGCCAACAGGAAACAGAAAGACUCGUGUGGAUCAGACUGACGAACAGAAGGAGGACGAGGAGACCCAGCAGGACGCCUCUCCUUCCUCUUUUCUCUUCUUAUUAGGAAACAGUGAUGGCGGCUGUGUGGUUCAGGAUAUCUGGUCUUUGAGGAGGAAACAAUUUAUUUGUGUGGAGUUUAAUCAAAGGAAAAAAAGCAUGAAUUCCCUUUUUGGAGCUGGUUGGAUUAUACCAAAUAAAACAAGCUCGUCUGGGUUUUCGACCACGUUGACGGAAGUUUGUCUGCAGCUCAUCGUCGUCUCUUUAUCGGAGGUCAGACCUCAGGCCUCAUCCCUGAAGUCUUUUCUUUAACCACACACACACUGUACAAAAACACAAAUCUGACUCUUGUGUGUCCAAGUACGUCAUCGAGCUGCAGUGGGCUCAUCACUGCCCCCUGUGGCCGGAGAACAGAAGACACCCACUGCAACUACAGUAGCUUUUAGUUAACGCUUCACAGACGAAAUCCACCAGCAAAUUUAUGCUUUUUGGCUUUUUAAUCUUCCCUCCUGUGACGUAUGAAGUUAGUAUGUGUGGAACAUACUGGGUUGGAAGAACAUGUUGGAUGUUGUGAGGGCAGUUUCUGCUUUCCGUUGCAGCUAAAAACUACCAUAACGUACUGAUUCUCUGCGACCGCCACAGCCGAGCAUUGCAUCAAACUUUACUUCUUCAGAGGGAAAUGCAUCAUUUUAUGUCCUGCAUCAAACAAGAGAAAGGACUUAGAGAUCUGAGUGAACCUGGAUGAAAGGAUCCUCUGCCGUCUCCUACGCACAAACGCCAUACUCCCUAAAAACCUGUUUUCUAAUUUGAGCGCUCAGAAGGAUAAAAUAUAUCUAUAAAUAUCUUUUGUUGCUGUUUUUGUCCUUUUGAAAAUGCGUCUUGAUUACGUUAAUGUCAACUCUUUGCUGUCCCAGUGAGGGAGAUUUAGAUCUGCAGACAGCGUAUUAAAAAGAAAACGCACAACAAACUCUUUUUUAUAUUUUAAGAGCAUUCAGUCAGAGCGUUUAUCACCGAGCCAGCACUUCUUUCUUCUUUGAUGUUUCUGUGUUGUUGUUGUUUUCCUGUUGUAGGGAGAAAGAUACAGACGGUGCCUUAAACUGACAGAACGCAAAACCUCAAAAUGACAUUUUAAUAUUUGCAUAAAAAAAGGUAUCGUGGAAAUUUAAUAUUUGAUUGAAACCAAACUUGCCUUAAACUUCACGGAGCCAAUUUGUGUGAGAUUGUUUUUGCACUGUUCCUUUAAAGUGUUUACCAAAGCACAGUCAAGAGGAGUAAUUCACAAAAAUAAGAGCUUCAUCCUCCAGAUUAUGUCUUAUUUUAAUAUGACCCAACUUUAAAUUCAUGAUAAGUAAAGAGAUUUAUUUCAAAGUAGGUUUUAUUAGAUCCAAACCUGAAAGUUGGUAAUCAAUCUCUGAUCACUGAGACUGGACCCUUUAUUCAUUUCUCCGUCCUCUUUCCUCUUUCCUCUUUCUGUCCUUGUGGUUAAUUUAUCAACGUUCUUGCUCGGACGUCCGGCAGCAAGAAAGACAGAAGUAAAACAGUUUAAAGGCAGCUAUUGUAUUUUAUUUUUUAAAUGAGGAAAAGAAAUGGAAAACUCUUCACAUGUGCCUUCAAUUGACAUCUUUUCGAUUGUCUGAUUAUUUUUAAAUCAGCACUUCGAUUGAAAAGAAACACGAAAGAGCCUCAAACUGCAAGAAAUGUGCGUCGCUUCCUCCGAUACUGAGCCAUGAAAUCUGAUUCAUCAGCACUUUGUAAAGAAACAAUUCUUCUAGAAUAAGUAGGUUUCAGCUGAUUUAUAGAAGCUGCAAAAGACCAAAGUAGUGACAGCGGACUUAAAUGCCAAAAAGAGAGCCAUCUGUGAUGUUUAACUCUGCAGGAUACCAAAGGGAAAAGACGGUUUCAUGAGCAGGAAACAGACCACAACGAUUGCACCUGAAGACGGUUUGACAUUCACCAACUAAGAAUAAGAUGCGUUCAUGUCCCAAGUUUCCAGUCGCACUUAAAUCUGCCAUAUUUAGUUUUUUCUGACAGCUUCUAAAUGUCCAACUUGGUGCUCAACAGUGCAGCAAAAGGCAAACAAAUACGUAAGCCUGUCGUUAAAAAAUGUCUCUAGUUGCUGCUUUUCUUUGUCACAUCAUUUUAAACAGAAUAUAUUUAUGUUUUAGACAUUUUAAAACAGGAAGCAAUCAAUGUUUUUAAUAUUUUAUAGACAUUGAUGAGACAAAUCAUUGUUUUGUAGUUUUAAUUAUGACUUGGUGGUUGACAUAUGGAUUUGGGACACCACUUGUGACUUGCUGAAAGGCAUUCUGGGUAAUGUAGUGAACCCCUGACUGCAGUAGUAAAGGAGGCAGGUUGGGUUACAGUUUGUUAUGAUUGCUUUGGCUCAAGUUUUACAACAUAACGUGCAAAACCUUUCAUUUUAAGGCUCAAAAUGUAUCACAUUUAAUCAUAAAGAUUAUUUGGUUGCAAGUAUUUAAAAUGAUGCAAUACUUUCCUUUAAGAUCAUGUAGUUUAUUCAACAUAGUGUGUAAUAUAUUCACUAUUACAGUAAAUACAGAAUGUAAAGAUGAAGCGCAUCAGUCUGAACAUUGAGCCAGAGAAAGAAUUCACCAAAAAUCAACCAAAUAAAAUCAUCACAGAUGGAUUCAUGUUCAUCACAAAGUGAAGCUCUUGUUUCCGCCUCUUUGAAGCCCCGAGUGCUUCCAAUCAAGUGUUCAUAUAGAAAUAUUAAAUAUAUCGUGUUGCUUGCUUCUAGAUUUGUACUUUAUUAUACUUCUCAAUCCCGAGGAGGCCAAGGCUCCUAAUCGCAGUAUCUUUGUGUACCUGUAUAUAAAUAUAUAUAUUUGUCUUUUCUUCAUUUGGCUAUUGUCCUGUAUUGUGUAUUUUAUGUCAUAUUGCCUUAACCUGAUUCACGCCGCCUUUAUAUUUUGUACAUUCUCUGCACAGCAUAAACAUAUGUUAACCUCUUGCUAUGAUGUUUUUGUAACUUUUCAACAUAUUAUAUCUUGUGAGUUUUGCCUGUAGCAGUGUAUCGAGUGCUCACCGUAUUAAAGGUGAUCUGAUCACA